AUGUUUCUUAAUCAAACUACUUAUCCAACUGGUAAUAGGACAUCCUCAGUAGCAGUAGUUGAUGUGAAUAAUGACAAUAAACCCGAUAUAGUUGUCGCAAACCAUGAUUCUAACACCGUCAGUGUUCUCCUCAACAAUGGUAGUGGCACAUUUCUUACUCAAACUACUUAUCCAACUGGCUCUGGGCCACGCUCAGUAGCAGUAGUUGAUGUGAAUAGUGACACUAAACCCGAUAUUAUUGUCGCAAACUAUAAUUCGAACAAUGUCGGUGUUCUCGUCAACAAUGGCAGUGGCACAUUUCUUACUCAAUCUACUUACGCAACUGGCGCUAAUCCACGAGCAGUAGCAGUAGUUGACGUGAACAGUGACAAUAAACUGGAUAUUAUUGUCGGAAACGCUGGUUCAAACACCGUCAGUGUUCUUUUACAUUGUUGA